ACGCCCAGACGAUAUUCUGAUGGCGGUGCCACCGCAACGUCCCCUAGUUUUGCGAAGAAAGCUGCAGGGUAUACGUCCGUACGCCCAUGUUUUUACGUCUUCGACAGCAAUAGGUGCACACCUUCCCUCUUCUCUCUUUUGAGAGCAUCCGCUGCUUUUCGCCAGUCCUUGCGUUACAGUGUUAGCUUUCAACCAGUCCUUCGAAAAGGAAGAUGAAGGCGGGCGUGUACGACUUGCUAGGUGUCGCCUCGCCAUUUGACCCCUCUUUCAGCCUCGUCACCUCACCGCUCCUCCCGCCGCUCGCGCUCGCGCUCCUGCGCCUCUCGCUUGCGCUCUAUUGCACGUUUUUCAUGCUCUUCCGCCUCAUAAACGAGGGUAUCAAGAAUCACUCGGACGCGAUGUUCUUCUCGUUCUUUACGAACCUUUCUUAUCUCGGCCUGCUCUCCUACUUCUGGGCUUCAGGCGUGCAAACCUUCUCCUUCUCACUCGCCCUCCGCUCGCCCUCGCACACACCGCACUACCUGCUCCAGGCGUGGCCGCGCCCUUUGCAAGUUUUGCAUCUCCUCCUCCAGAGCACCGUCACCACUUUCCCGAUCCUCGUCACCGCUGUCUUUUGGAGCCUGCUCAGCGGAACAAGCACGUUCGCGACUCGCUACAAUGCAUGGGUAAACAUCAGCGAGCAUGCGCUCAACACCGCGUUUGCCACCCUUGACAUUUUCCUUACAAAUGCCUCCCCGUCGCUCCCAGGUCGCCCGCACUCUGGUGUCGCCCUACCUUGGGCGCACCUCCCAUUCCUCAUUGUCCUCCUCGCAUGCUAUCUCGGCGUAGCGUACGUCACAAGUGCGACGCAACAUUUCUAUCCCUACUCCUUCCUCAACCCGCAUACACAGCAUGCCAAACUCGCAGCCUACAUUGUUGGCAUCGCCGCUGCAGAGGUUAUCAUCUUUGUCAUCGUGCGCUACAUCAUGAUGCUCCGCCAUCUGCUCGUUUUACGCUUUAACAGGAACGCUCAAGAGGAAGUAGAGUAUUUUGCAGGAAGCGUGAUAAUCGGAAAGAGCAAUAAAGAGGGCGUGGAAGCACUCGAGGACUGGGAGCGGGUGAGCCUUACGGAUGGCGAGCGGGGUAUCGCGCUCUGAAUCUCAUUGGCGCUUUCCUGUGGUACGC